AGCUGCAGGGGCGCCCGGGCUGGGUGACGCCGCCGCCGCCCGCGCCCCUCCCAGACCCCGCCGGCCGCAUGGAGCCCCCGGAGGGCGCCGGCCCGGGAGAAAUAGUUAAGGAGGUUGAGGUGCCACAGGCAGCCCUGGGCACCGUGGCCCAUGGGACAGGGGACAGCUGCCACUCGCCCGCAGCCGAGGAAGAGGUUGGCAUCCCAAUACCAGCCCCGGGGCUCCUACAGGUCACAGAGAGAAGGCAGCCCCUGAGCAGUGUCUCCUCCCUGGAGGUGCACUUUGACCUCCUGGACCUCACUGAGCUGACUGACAUGUCCGACCAGGAGCUGGCGGAGGUCUUUGCUGACUCAGACGACGAGAGCCUGGCCAGUGAAUCGCCAGCAGGCCUGCACCCACUGCCCCGGGCUGGCUGUCUGCGCUCCCCAUCCUGGACACGAACCAGGGCUGAGCAGAACCGAGAGAAGCAACCGCUUGGUGACCCGGAGCGCCAGCCAGCAAUUGUGGACACAUUUCUCACCGUGGAGAGGCCCAAGGAGGACUAGGCCGGCUGGCCCUGGGGCCAAGGCAGUGCAAAUCUGGACAAUUCUGACCCCAUGGACACUCUGCCCACCCCAUGUGGCUCUGGGUCAGGUUCUCGGGGCACCCUAGCACAAGCACAGCCCAGUGGCCUUAUGUACUGCUCCUUUCUUAUCCCUGGAUCAGGGACGACAGCAUCUGAGGAUGAGGUGGGAGUGGCCUAGGCCUCUUGGAAACUUCUGCCUGCAGGACUGGUGCUCUUGUCAGCUGCAAGAUUCCCGAGUGGGUGCAGGGUGAGGGGAACCUAAGCCAGAGAGAGCUUCUCUGCAAAGUCCCCAAGGGUCCUCAGGGUUCUGGUCUGGGAAUGGCCACACGAUGCUCCAGCCCAUGGGAUGCUCUGCUAUCCAGCAAAGUAUAUGGGUAGGGAGGGUCAGUACUGAACAAUGUCGCCUCUUUCUGCCACCCAGGAGCAUUGCUGGCACCAGGGUCACCCCCAGGCCCGAAGACCCUGCUUGUCUUGUUUCCUGUGUGACAGCCGGGCCCACCGUCCUUGGCUCAGAACACCAAAUAGGCACAACCCUCAGACUGUAGGGGGAGUGGGCAUGUCGGCUUUGCCCUUGCCUGGGACACAUCUCCACAGCCUGUCAUGCAAAUGCACACAAAGGCAUGCACGGUCCUAGGUCUGUGCCCCUGGCUGGCGUCGUGGCCUGGGGUAAAGCUGCCGAAGGGAGACUGGGAACACAAGGGAACCCUGGCACAGCCCCUAGCCUCCAACUUAAGGGCACCAGGCUCAGCUGCUCCCAAUGCUGCUCUUUAUGACCUAAAGGACUAAACAGGCUCUGGUCUGACAGCAAGUCCAAAAACAGUUUUAAAAUAAAUGUGUAAGUUUGCUUUUGGUCCCCAGGCCAACCUGCCCUGACCCAUUCCCCACUCAAAUAUUUCUAGGAAAGAAAAACCUGCUCUUCUGUAGAAGCCCUGGGCAUCCCGUAGGCCCACUGUGCACAGCUCAAGGCAAGUUCCCCAAUGAGAAAACAGGCCUCAGAAAUGCUGGGGGACACUGCCUGCUGCCUGUACACGAUGAGCAUCAACUCAAGGGGCACCCCAGCAGGCAUCACCCAGAAGUUCACUUAAAAUCAAACCCUAUAAGGGCAGCUGCGUGCCCCACCGACCCCACCCACCAGGGUCACCCUCCCCAAUCUCCAGCCUUCCAGCUAUGGCUUCCUUCCUUCUGCAGAGCUUAUUUACAAAACAUCGGAUUAAAAUCUCACUUCUUCCUAUGGCCCAACCAGUCUCUUCCUUUCUAGGUGACACCAGAGCUCAGGAGUAUGUGGUGGGGGCGGGGGUUGGCUACCCUAGGAGACAAACUCCUGCUCUUGUCUUUCUCCAGUGGAAGCCACUGGGGGCUCCUCUGUGCUGCUUAUUUGGGUUAUGUCUCAGGAACAAGUGCCCUGGAUUUCUAGUCCUUAGGAAAGUAAAGGUCCUGUCCCUCACCCCCCACCCCCAGCCCAAAAAGGCACAAGGUACACUCUGGCAAGUCAUCUCAGCCCAGACAGGUUCCCAGGAAGCUCUAGGUCCAGAGCAGCAGCUUGCUUAAGAAGGGAGCCAGCAAGUAAAGCCUGUGAGAAGGCCAAGGGUGAGGCCAAAACCCCAAUCAUUUUAAUUACCCAUGAAAUAAGAGGCUCAGAAACCAAGCCCUGGGCCCCAUGCCAGGCAGUUCCCACCACUCGGCUCUGUGGAGGGAUGCAUGAGCCUCCCUAAUGAAAGAUUCUAGACCAGGUCUCCAUCCCUGGGCCCAGGAACUGACUCAAAGCCUGUUUAAGAGUGUGCCCAGGUGGCCCAAACAGGGGGAGGGGGUGAAGGAAAGAGCUGAGGAAACUCAGGGGGGUAAUGAGCACAAGGGUAUCCAAGGCAGAAAACAGUAGGGGUUGGGGAGCAUCCAAGUGUGCUGAGGUAUGCCCUGGAUCCCAGAGAGGGGAUGCACCAAGCCUCAAACCGAACAGGUCCCCAGGUUCUGGACACCACACACCACCCUCACCUCCGGCAGAGGGAGCCUCAAAGACAGGACCCUGGCCAGUCCCCAAGCAGCUCAGCUAACAAAGGCUAGGUUUAGUGCAGACUUCAUGACAGGGUGAGCUCUGAAGAUGUAAAAAAUUCAAUAAUAGCACAUUUUACAAUGGAAGUUGAAAGUGCUUGUCCCACAUUGGAAAUUCUAUUUUUGAGGCAAACAUAACAAAUGAUACAGAAAUUUUUAAACAAAUCCCAGUGUCUGGUCUUGGCCAAGCAGAGAGGAGAGGUCGUAGGGGACAGCAAGUGGAGCCACCCCCUUACCUCCCCAACCCCCACCCCAUUCCAGGAUGCCCCAAGGAGCAGCUGGGUGGAGCAACUAGACAUCUACCCACUCACCAGCCCGAAGACAGUGGCUGACACUUCUCUACUGGAGUGACUCUCGUGACUCUGGGAGGCAGGCGGUGAGCUGGAGAGCAAACAGGGAUGUCACCACUGAGCCCUAGGUGUCCAGUCCGAACUCCAGCUCCCUGGCUGGGCCCUUCCAUGCUCUAAGACCAACCAAACCCAUAGAAGGCAUCAGAGGCCCCAGCAGCCCCACCAGUCUGCCUUCUCCAGCAGCUGCCUGCCCAUCUAGAAGUCACAGCUGCCGGUCACUCUGCUGUUUCCAGAACAGCAGGCACUGCUAAGACAAACCCCAGACCCCCAAACAUCCUGAAGAUGGGAGUGCCCCAAGCACCCCACUCACCUUGUCCACCUGCUCUCAGCACCAGGUCAGCAGGUCCAGUGUCUACUCAGAGGCAGGGCUGAUGAAGUGCUGUACCUCCUUAUCAAUGAGCUGGGCAGUGGCUUCAAUGUAUGGCUUCUCCACCAUCAUCUCGUCUUGUUGGGGGAAGUCAAAGGACACCUGGCCCAGCUUUUUGCUGAUCCCAAACUGCACAAUCGGGAAGUAGGGAGCUGGGGGUAAGCCAUGCAGAGCCCCCCACUAGGAUGGCUGCCCUUUACCUGGGAAUAGGCGCUCUGGGCGACCUUCCUCAAGUCAUCCUGGGCCCCUGUGAUGAUGUGCCCAAAAAACAGCUGUUCAGCCACCCUCCCUCCAGCAUAGUGCACAUGCAGUCAAACAGUUGCUCCCACGUGUACAGAUAUUGCUCCCUGGGCAAGCACUGGACGUAGCCGAGCCCCUUGCCCUGGAGCUAUAGUGACAGAUGCUGUAAGAUACAGGCAGGCAGUGCCCUGGUCAAUCCCCACACAAUGCUCCUGCCCCCGCCCCCUCCAGAUCUCACCCCUGGAACAUCCUAGACCAAUUCGUCCUACUAUGACCACUGGUCACAAGGGCAUGGGAGGAGAGGAGAUCCCUAGGGCCCACCCAGGAUUAGGUGGGUCUGGGUGGGGUCACCCCAAAGAUUAACAUGGAAACCACCUCCAUCCUAUCAGUCCCAAAGAAGUUCUGGAAGAGCCAUGCUGUUGGGUCCAAAGCUUAGGAGUGAGGAAAAGUGUCAGGUGGCUGACAUCCAGAUCCUACCUGGAACCAACACCCCCACAUGCACUUUGCUACACACCCCUGAGCAAUCUUCUGAACCAAAUUCCAAACCAUUACGUUCAUUGAAAAGUAAAAGGGCUGCCACUGAAUGUAUUGUGUCCACACAACCACAGGCCACACAGUCACCUGGGGAAGGUAAACACCCAGGCCUGGAAGCCAAGGGUCGAGAGAUCAAUAUUCAGCAGAGGGUUCACAUGCUCUAGGAACCAGCCCACCACAGCAUGUCCGGCCUUGUGGUAGGUCACGGUCGCCUUCUCACUGAGCUGCAGGACCUGCAUCUUCUCAAGGCCUACACAUCAAAUUCCCAGGCCAGUGAAAGGCAGAGGAGAAAUGGACAGCUGGGAAGUGGGUGCAAAUCCCCACCCUCCACUCAGGGAAAGUUGGGGGCUGGUUGGAGCUUCUGCUCAGCCAGUACAGACUCACAGUCUAUCUGCUCCACAGAUGCGGCUCAGGCCCACUUUGGUGCCUGUCUUUCCACACCAGACAUUAUGCUGCCUUCUGCUCUGUAGAAACCCUACCGCCCAACUGUAAAGAUCUGAUGCAUCUGCACGCAGCAGACAGCUUUAGGAGGCUUGUUUUCAACCAGCAUGAUUAGGUAUGUUCUGUGGCUUGCUAAGUGACACCAGAAGCUUGGAGCCCAGGAGUGAUUCCCAGUGCCCUCCUACACCAUAGCUUACAGGCAGUUAUCAGUACGCAGAAACAGUAACAACAACUCACCCUGGGCCCAGCUUUACCACUGCUGCCAGGACAGCCCUCUAGAAGCUGUGGUGACAUCUUGGGCUACCCAACACUCCACACUUGUCUAUACAUGUUAUAUUUCAUUAAAGACAAACGGUUAGCACUGUUAA